UCAACGGAGACGUGAUAAUUAAUAUCACUGUGUAAAAAUGCGAUCAAAUGCCGAAUUAAUCAUUCUGUCGAAAAUAUAUUGUUUCAUCGCUGUAUUGGUAUUAAUCUCAUCUUUCGCCGGAUGUGCAGCAGGUUCCUGUUUAAGUUAUGGUCACUCCUGUUGGGGCGCUCACGGGAAGCGGAACGAUCCUGAGUCCGACCCCGGCAACAGGAGGAUCGGCCCUUCGGGCUUGGCUAGCCGAUGGCUCUUCUUCUCGCGGAUGGUCAACCGGCAGGCGGCACUGAGUCCGCGGUCGAGGCCCAGGAUGAUGCCCGAGAUGUCCCUGCUCACCGAGCCGAGGCUGAGGUGA